AUGAGUAGCUUGCAACUUUCUUCACUACAAAGGUCUGCGCUCCUAUUAGCCCUCUUGUGUGGUGCUCUUACUCCAGCAGGAGGGUUGAGUUUCAGCUAUCCAACAUUUCGAGACAACAUAGAUGAAAAGGAUUUCAUUAAAUCCGAAUAUUCACGAAUAUAUUUUGGUGCAAUCCAGAUCACUCCUGAUCUUAGUAACGUGGCUUCCAUCGUGAAUCAAUCUGGAAGGUUUUUAUAUAAAAAGCCAUUCAAGCUGUGGGGAAAAGGCCAUGGCGGUGUUCGUAGCAGAGCAUUGUUCAAUUCUACCUUUGUACUUAACAUCACUCCCAAAACCGAUCCAGGUGGUGAAGGCUUGGCCUUUAUCUUAACUGGAAAUCGCACUCUUCCAGAGAAGAGCCAAGGAGAAUGGCUUGGAAUUGUAAAUGCAAAUUCAAAUGGAUCUGCUCAGGCUAACAUAGUGGCAGUAGAAUUCGACACAAGAAAGAGCUACUUGGAAGAUGUAGAUGACAACCAUGUGGGCUUGAAUGUAAACAGCGUUUACUCAAUUCAACAAGUUCCUUUACUUAGCUAUGGUGUUAAUCUUUCAAGCCAAACGAAUUACACGGUGACAAUUCGGUAUGACAGCCAGAACAUCACCAUCUUUUUUUCCCAGACCAAUGAAACUAGGGAGGAAAUGAAGAAUAUUCCAGUUUUGUCUCGCACUCUUGAUCUCUCUGAGUAUCUUUCACAGAAGGUAUAUGUGGGAUUCUCAGCUUCCACAAGCAAUAGCACUCAGCUAAACUGCAUACGGUCAUGGGAUUUCCACUCUUCACAUAUAGAUGAAAAUUCAAACCUGCUGUGGGUUUGGAUUACGGUCCCUGCAGUAUUUGUCUUGGUAACUGGAGUUUCUGCUUACUUGUUCUGGACAAGACAAGGUGAAAAGGAGGACGCACAUCUGCAGAUAGACGAAGAGAUUCAAACAAAUUCCAUGGCCCCCAAAAAAUUCAAACUCAAAGAACUUCAAAGAGCAACAGGCAGAUUUAAUCCCAAGAACAAGCUCGGAAAAGGUGGCUUUGGAACAGUCUAUAAGGGCCUCUUGGGAAACAAAGAGGUAGCAGUCAAGAGAGUCUCAAAGGAUUCACGUCAAGGCAAGCAAGAAUUCAUAGCAGAAGUCACCACAAUCGGCAGACUUCGUCACAAAAAUCUGGUCAAAUUAAUUGGAUGGUGCUAUGAAAGACAUGAGCUUCUUAUCGUCUAUGAGUUCAUGCCAAAUGGAAGCCUAGACAGAUUCGUAUUCAGGGAUGACACGUUAGGGAUGGAGAAAGAGGAACCAACACUGAGCUGGGAAAGAAGGCACAGCAUAAUACUUGGGGUAGCUCAAGCACUCGAUUAUCUUCACAAUGGAUGCGAAAAGAGAGUGCUUCACCGAGACAUAAAAGCCAGCAACAUCAUGUUAGACUCAGAUUUCAUAGCCAGGCUGGGAGACUUUGGACUGGCUCGUACCAUCCAACAAAGUGGUUUAACUCACCACUCUACCAAAGAGAUUGCAGGAACACCAGGCUAUAUGGCUCCAGAAACAUUUCUUACCGGCAGGGCUACCGUCGAAACAGAUGUUUAUGCAUUUGGUGUUCUUGUGCUAGAAGUUGUCUGUGGAAGAAGGCCUAGUAAUCAAAACGAGCAGAACAACUACAACAACAGCAUAGUGUAUUGGCUGUGGGAUCUUUACAGCAGAGGAAGGAUCCUUGAUGCUGUUGACUCCAGAUUGGAUGGAGACAUUGAUGAGGAUGAUAUGGCAUGUGUUCUGGUUUUGGGGUUAUCUUGCUGCCACCCAAACCCACAUCUGAGGCCAUCCAUGAGGACUGUCCUUAAGGUUCUUACAAGGGAAGCAGAUCCACCAGCACUGCCCACUGAAAGGCCUGCUUUUGUGUGGCCAGCCAUGCCUCCAUCAUUCAAAGAGGACACAGAAUUUGAUCUGGCUGGAGGGCAAAUACCACCAUUCACAGAACUCACUGGAAGAUGA